GCGAAGCUCAAGGACGUGAAGAGCCUGGACGACUGGCUCCCCAUCACGUCAUCGCGCACCGCCAAGUGGUACUACUCGGCCUUCCACAAUGUGACGGCCAUGGUGGGCGCCGGCGUGCUGGGCCUCCCGUUCGCCAUGUCGCACCUCGGCUGGGGCCCCGGCGUGGCGGUCAUCGCCAGCUCCUUCGGGAUCACGCUCUACACGCUGUGGCAGAUGGUGGAGAUGCACGAGAUGGUCCCCGGGAAGCGCUUCGACCGCUACCACGAGCUCGGGCAGCACGCCUUCGGGAAGAAGCUGGGGCUCUGGAUCAUCGUGCCGCAGCAGCUCGUCGUCGACGUCGGCACCGACAUCGUCUACAUGGUCACCGGCGGCCAGUCGCUCAAGAAGUUCCACGACCUCGUCUGCAACGGCCGCUGCAGGGACAUCCGCCUCACCUUCUUCAUCAUGAUCUUCGGCUCCGUCCACUUUCUGCUCUCCCAGAUGCCCAACUUCAACUCCAUCUCCGGCGUCUCCGCCGCCGCCGCCGUCAUGUCCAUCUGCUACUCCAUGGUCGCCUUCUUCGCGUCCGUGCUACACAAACACCCUGCUGCAGUUGGAGCCGUCGACUACGGGCUCAAGGCGGCGACCACGGCGGGGCACGUGUUCGGCGCCCUCAACGCGCUCGGGGCGGUGGCGUUCGCGUUCGCCGGCCACAACGUCGUGCUCGAGAUCCAGGCCACCAUCCCGUCCACCCCGGAGCAACCGUCCAAGAAGCCUAUGUGGCGCGGCGUGUUGGUCGCCUACGCCAUCGUCGCGCUCUGUUACUUCUCGGUGGCCUUCGGCGGGUACUACGCCUUCGGCAACUCGGUCGACCCCAACAUCCUCAUCACGCUCGACAAGCCGCGGUGGCUCAUCGCCCUCGCCAACCUCAUGGUCGUCGUCCACGUGAUAGGCAGCUACCAGGUGUUCGCGAUGCCGGUGUUCGACAUGAUGGAGACGGUGCUCGUGAAGAAGCUCAAGUUCAACCCCGGCCUGCCGCUCCGCCUCACCGCCCGCUCCGCCUACGUCGCGCUCACCAUGCUCGUCGGCAUGACCUUCCCCUUCUUCGAUGGCCUGCUCGGGUUCUUCGGAGGCUUCGCGUUCGCGCCCACCACCUACUUCCUGCCAUGCAUCAUCUGGCUCAUGCUGCGCAAGCCCGCCAGAUACAGCGUGACAUGGUUCCUCAACUGGAUAUUCAUCGCCAUCGGAGUUGCGCUGAUGCUGCUGUCCCCCAUCGGUGGGUUGCGCCAAAUCAUCCUUGACGCCAAGACCUUCAAGUUCUACUCUUAA